AUGUCUUCCCAACGGGUCAUUCAAGACUCCGAAGAUGAAAGCGGCGAUGACUGCCCCGACAUUGCGACUUCUAUCGACCCACCCCAAGAUUCACCAGAUGCACACCCAAACAAUAGUGAUCCUGGGCGAAGCGCCAGACAGGAUGGAGCAUUUUCGGCCUCCAUUCCAGAAUCUUACCUCCCCCAGGUUGAUUUUGAUCGGUAUUUGAGAUCGGAAUCCUCGAUUAUGGCUGGCGAAUAUGAAGAUGAGAGAUGGGCAUCAACUGCAAAUGCAACUCGGCCGGGUGGUAGGCAAUUAAUAUUCAUUGAUAGUACACACCGCGAACAUCUUCAGGAUGAUAGCUUUGUUUACCGGGUGAAUGCUGAUUAUGCUACACUUGGUACGCUUCCUUCAACCGCCGAUACGGGACGAGGCCCAAAUGGACCAUUACUGGAAGAAGGCGGAAACGCAACUGACUUCGAACAUCCCUCAAAACGACGAAAAAUAUCUCUGACUCAAGAUUCCUUAACAAAGUGUUCAAACGGUGACCCGGAGCCCAGCACGCCAUACAGCUGUCUCGCAUCUUUUGACUCGAAUAGCCCACCCCAAGUAACUAUACCGCCAAGCGCCUCCCUAUAUAUUCCUCAACAAGAUAAUACACAAACUUAUCAAGAUCACCUGCCGCCAAGAUUCGAAACACCACCUCCUACAGUACCAUUAUCCGAGGAUUUAUUUUACAAUCCAAACUCAGUAUAUCAAGAGUCGGUGUUAGCAAAUUUGAAAACGUCCGAAAUCCAGAAUUCAUUCGAUCAGCCACCUGCAUUCGAGGUGGAUACCGAAACUGUGGCGUUGAAGAAGAAAAGAGGACGGCCCAAGAAGCAAGCACUUGCGGUAGACGCUGAUGGCCAACCCGAAGAAGCCUCCGACGAUGUGUUUGAUCAGUGCGACACAGCAAAAAAGAAAAAGCCUGGCAGAUCCAAGAAAAUAGACCGCGAAGCCUCCCCAGAUGAACUCAUAGUGAUUGAGAUGCCGACAUACCAGACCAAUGAAACAGAAGUGUUGGGACCUACCUCUAAGUUCGAGAAGGCUGCAAAGAAGAAAAUCAAGCGUAGUAAAACUGCGUCUGAUUUACUGAGUACUACAAAUAAAUCGAAGAACGAUUGCGAUGUAUGGAUCGAUGAUACUGGGACUACUUGGCAGGGGAAUUCAACGUUCAACCCUCCGAAUUUUAUUGAGAAUGACCAGUCCCCUGCUAAGAAACCUGAAAAACCUGCUUCAGAGCCCAAGAAACGCGGUCGCAAGAGGAAAUCAAUGGCUGAAGGGCCUCCGGUUGUGGACACUGCGUCUCCAGAUGUUCUUCAAGACAUCUCAAAUACGGCCCACUUGCCCCCAAAGAAUGAACAGAGACAAAACGACACUCUAGCAGAAGGUGCGGCCAUCAAAGCCGAUAACAACGCUUCUGUAGAGCUCUCAAAGCUGGAAAAUGAUGCAAUCCUUUCUCCGACUCCUUUACCAGAAACUGCAGUGAAGAAAGAGGCAACACCCAGAAAGAACAAUGAUGAAAGUAACAAUUCAAACAGGGAACCGGCGAAACACAGCUCGAUUCCUAGCACUGGCAAAGUAUCUUACCGGGUAGGACUCAGCCGACGAGCACGUAUUGCACCGUUGUUGAAGGUCGUUAGGAAAUAA